AGUUUCAGCAUGGGUACGGCUCAACAAUGUAGCCCGAGCGAUGCAUAUUUUUUUGGGGAAGCGUACACGACAUUCAACAAUAGGAUGCAUGUAACGAUGGCGGCACGAAUAAUCCUGGCCGUAGAACUAAUUCUACUUUUUAUCACAGUGGUGAUUGUGCCAUUGACGAUUGGAUUCUUCGAUACAAUAUCACUAUUUCAAAUUUUAGUGACAGGAUCCAUAUGGAUCAUGGCAAUGAUUGCAUUAAAUCGCCAUAGACAUACUUUAUUAUGGCCUAUAAUAAUUUUAAAAAUAUCUGAGAUAAUCCUCGGCGUAUUCCUAAUAGUGAUCGCCGCGUUGUUAGCCGUUGUUCGAAGACGCGUACUAUUGCGAUUAAUGCAAUGGAGGAUAACAACAAUAGAUCAUUCCAACCAAGGCAUUCACAUUAUUGGUUUAUUGCUUUUUAUGUUGCUUCAAAUUGUGUACAACACAAUAGCAGUACAAACACUGUGGGACGUGUUCGAAUAUCUUCGGCAGCGGACGAUAUUUAUGUACAAUCAGGAACGAUCGCAAGUGCACCAGUACUUUUUGUGAGAAACUGUCUCGCGUAUUAUCAAGUUAUUAUUGCUCUUAUUAUUAUUAUUCCAAUUUUUAAUUUUAAUUGAACAAGUUUUAGUUCUAGCCUCCAACUUAGUUGGAUCAUCCAAAGUGAUUUUAUUUAAAAAUUUUGAAAAUUUAUAAAAAUCUAUCUGAACUACAAGAAAAGAUUUAUGUAAAUUUUCCACUUUUCAAAAUCAUUGUCACAAAAAGAAACAGUAGAUACUCCCCCAAAACAGUAUUCAAAAGUUAUUUAUUGUCAUUCUCUCACUCCCACAAAAUUUUCUCCCAUUUGCUUCGGGCCAAAACGACAUUGUGAUGUAUUUUAUGUGAUCUUUAGGAAACUAACAUUUUGAUCCUAGUCUCAUAACGCUUUAGUAAUUUUUUUUUCAAUGCCAGGAUUUGAAAUAAAUUGUUUCAAUUGUCUAAA